CUGACAGGACUCGUUUACAGUGGUUAUCUGGCCGCAUCGCUCGGUACUUAUCGAUGCGUACUUGUUCACACACCAACUCAACGCGCGGACACUGACGACCACGCAUCGCUCUUGCACUCUCGACGCUACCCUGCACAUUGUGACCCGUGCGUUUGCCUACAGCUUCCUGCCUCCAACAAGCCCCGUGUACCGUUGCACAACAUGCCAGUCACAACUCGACGUGCCACUCAACGACUUCUGCACUCUGCGGAGCGGACAUCGGACACUAAUAGCCGUGGUGAACAAUCGAGGAGUGGCAAAGCCAACAGGCCCACGGUCAAGCGUGCUCGGAUUACGAGAAACGGCGGCUCUGGCGAUACUGGCAACCCGAUCUCCACGCUCAGCGUACUUCUGAUGCUCCCGCUAGACAUCGUUCUCGAGAUUAUUUCCCUCCUGAAGCCGUUAGACCUGGCGAACCUUGCACAGACAAACAAAGCCUUCCGUGCGAUGCUCAUGUCCCCCCGCGCUUGCAGGACGUGGACGACAGCGAGGAAGCUCGCCGGGAACGCCCCCGAGUGCCCGCCACGCGAGUGUCGUGUGGCUAGCGUUUACAACUUGGUCUUUGCCCUCAUGCGGUGCAUUUGCCAAAAAUGCAAAGAAAAGAGACUCGUCAACGAAAAUUGCCUGUCCGAACGCUUCCCGGAUCUGAAUCCCACUAUUUUGGAGCUGAUCCCUCAUACACACUCCAACAGCGUACACCCAAUGGACAAGUUCUAUUGGGAUGCUGAUAUCGUCGCAAUGGCCAAAAGAUAUGACGAAUACCAAAGAGUUAUCGAUGCCAGCUCACGGAAAGGCGCAGCGAAGAAGGCGCUGGAGCAAUUCAAGAACGAGCGCAUCGAGUAUGUGCACGCUGUCAUCGAGCAUGCGGAGAAUUGCACUGGGUGGUUGAGUGACUUCGAAAUCUAUCUUGACAACGAGCGGCAGGAGCGCAUACAGCAGUACUACACUCGGAUUGUGUGGCGUUUCCGGGAGCUAGGGUAUGAGGAUCAAGACAUUCAUGUGAUACGAUCGAUGCCGGAGUCUAUGCGCGAUCGCAACUUGACUGAACGAGUCUGGAAGCAUAUCAAGCCUCUGCUCCAACCAUACAUCGAGAUCGUGCGGUGCAGCCGACUCGACGAGAGCCAACCACAGGUCAUUCAGGCACGAAAGGCCCUAGUCAACCGCGCAUACGACAAGUACAAGGAAACCUUGCGGCCAAUAGAAUGCGUCUAUCUACCACCCUGCGAGCUCGUUCACGCUAUCCCCGCGUUUCGCUCGCUGAUCUACACCAAUCUCGACGUCGCGUUCCAGCAGGCGGCAUGCGACGAGGCUACGCAGCGGCUGCCCGAGUACAUCGCUACCUUCGAGAGCAAGCUCAAGUCUCGCCUACUGCAAUGCAUGGUCGAUACGGGUGCAUUGAAGAAACCCAGAAAGUCGAAGCGCCUGCCGAAAGGCACAGAGGGUCGCCUGGGGCUGGCCACUUCGGUUUUCUGCUUGACAAUGGAUUCUAAGCAUGACAUCACAGUACUCGUUGGCUUGAAGGGCGUCGCUGCGCAUUUGGCUAGCCAUCAGCAGCGAAGGUGGAAAAAGCAUGGCAAGGCGGCGUUUUGGGCUGCAAAUACUGGAUCCGAGAGGGUGGAGUUAGACAAGACCACCUUGUGCCAUAGCAGGCGUGGCCUGGAUCCAGACACCGCACACCCGGAGGACUUGGAUCGACUAGACAAACGCUUUCUUUGUGAACGCUGUCAAUCCAGAGAGUGGACUGCCACCAUGGCCAGUAUAUUACCGAGAGAUCAGGCAUGCACUUGGCGAAGAGCUGUCAGUCAUGAUACGCUAAUGCAUAGUGGGAGCGACGACGGGCCCGCUUGGAGAGUACUGAACGAAGAGGAGGAGGCCAGUGUACGCCGCGGAGAACUGUCUCGCGGUCUCAUUGAUCGGAAGUGGCGCUGCACCCAUUGCCCUGUCCGUCUGAAGUUCUCGGGAUCUCACCGAGAUGUUCUUCAACAUGUGCAGCUGUUCCACCACAUCGCUGAGCCCCAGGAGGACGUCGACUUCUUUCAUUCAUGCCCGGCCCUUCGUUACAACAUUCGACCCCAAUCUUUGUCGCAAUGCCUCGCAGCUGCGGAUGGAUAGGCGGAGGAAGGUGACUGUCAUGGAUAACGAUCUCUAGGCUACACGAGUUCAUUCAUAUAGUAGUGUAAGCCUGUUCUUGCGGAUCUUCGGAGAUCACAGUUCGCUAUGUUCAAGUUGCCAUAGAGUAGAGGAACCUUUGAUACAGAACAAGACAACGAUUGCUGUCUACGUAUGCCUUUUGUUACAAAAAGAAUCAAGGUCGACAUACUAAUUGUGGACGCGCGACGCAGCGCAACAGUCGCGGUCGACUUGAACGGUACCAACUACUAGUACGAAGCUUCAAGUUACCGGUGAAUACGGCUACGCCCAG